AUGAACUAAAAUUAUGAGAAGUAUGAUGAAAAUUUCUAAAUGAUACAAAAACUUGAGGAACGCAAGAUUAAACAAAUAUUUUCUGAUAAUCUCUCCUUGUCUACACCAACAUUUCUGAACAAUUAGCGUAAAUAAACGGAUAUUCAAUAUAUUCACAAAGAAAGAGCCAUCUUGGAUGUGCGUUUGACUAAUGUCAUUCAACUUGAUCUUUGUCAAUUCCACUACAUUGAAGUGCCUUUAACUGGUCACAAAAAGCCUCUUGUAAUUUAUUUCUAAUUCACCGAUUAAGCCAAAAUGAAAUUUUACAUCUCAAGUCAUACCAUCACUCCGAACAGAUUCAACAAUGAGGAAUCUUUCGAAAGAAAACAGAUUCUGAGAUAUACAGAAUAGGGUGAACACAUAAUCUUCACAUAACGUUGUUUGUAUCUGGCAAUCUUUUCUUAAUAAGCUACCACUAUAUAUGCCAAGGCUUCUUUCGGAAUCAAACCACAACAGCAGCAGAAAAUGGAAACUGAGUCCAAAUUAAGACCAUCCACUGGCUAUCAAUUCACUAGGUCAUCCUAAUUCUUCUUCACCAGGAAACCCUCCAAAGAUUUGAUAUCACUUAACAAGAAUAUUGAAUAAUAUUAGCCUGAUAAAAUUAAACUUUAGCAGAACCUGAGAAGAGUUCAAUCGGCUAGAAAACUAUCAGAAACUUUACAUAAAAAAAGAUAAAUAUUCGAGGAAAAGAAAGAAACCUUGAGAGAACGGUUCGAGUUCUAAGAGAAAAAAAAGAUACUAAAAGAAAUCAUUCUAUAUAGAAAUAAUAUCGAUAACUUUUUAAAAUUCCAAUAGAAAUUAUGGCUUCAGAAUCUCUACUUUAUCUAAUUGGUUUCCAUCAUUAAAAAGAGAUAUUAUGAUAAUAUCAUUUUUUAAUUCAAACAAUCCAUCAAAAAAAGAAGGCAAUACAGAGUUCGGUAAGGGUUAUAAAGAAUGCUGUAAAAGUCAGGGAAAGAUAUUUUUCAAAGAACAAUCUUUCAAGGUCUUUUAAUUUUAAGAAUGCUAUCGAAAGUUAAGGAAAAGGGGGCUAAAAAGAAAGCCAAAAGAAUGGUGUAUACUUUUAUGAUGAGUUAUGGAUAAAUUGGUGAAAUAUUUUAAAAAACCUAUCAAUUCAAAAGAAGAAUGAGGAAGAUCAUAGAAGUGUAUAGAAAUUAUCGAAAGAAAGUCUAAGCAUAUGCCAAUAGGAUUAUCAUGCUUUGGAAUAAGUAUUGGAAUCAAAUUUAUAUGGAAAUAAAAAAGGAAGAUUAGGAAAAAGUAAAAUAGAUUAAAGUCUAAAUGUAAAAGACUAUAAUUAACUAUCAUAUUGAAGAGGAAAUUGUGAAAUCACCAUAUCUAGACAUUAAGGUAUAAGGUGUAAUUGUAAAUAACUAUUAUAAAGAAAUUAAGAAUUUAUAUGUAAGGAAAUGGAGGGUUUUAAAAAUUAAAGUAAAGUCGUCUAAGUUUUAAACUUUGAUGGCUACUUAAGCAUUUGAUAAGAAGAAUGAAUUAUUAUUAUUUACUAUAGUAGAUAAAAGUGUUUUAAAAUAAUUAAUCUAUAAGUAUAUGUAGGAAAAGGGGAUGAUAUAAAGUUUGUUAUUAAAGAAAAAUUGA